AAAUAGUUUUUGAUUGUUCUUAUGACACAAAUGUAGAAAAUGUCAGAAGAUGCAAUGUACUAGAUAUUGCAACAUUUGGUUUUGUUUCGGUACAACACUGUCUCCCUCAAGGUGAAGUGCAUGGAGUUUCAUGGCCGACAGUAAACACGAUGUCGCAUUUAUUGCGAUUGAAAAGACCGCUUGUUUUUCUAAUCGACAUUCACAGGAGAGCGUCGUUGAAUGGAUUCUUGUCUAGAGAGGGGUGUGAAAUUACCACAGGCCCAAGACAUUCACCACAUCAAUGCGUGUCAGGUAGGUGCUUCAGUGGCACGUCAACAUUGUUCUCCAAUGGGUCAGCAAAGGUCAAGUUUACCGUUCCUCCUGCAGGUCGACACAAAUGGAAAAAGAAGAAAUCUGCCAUUUCGAAAGCCAAGGUGGAAAGAGAUCUUUUCAGGGUGCUCAGCAUGCGCACAACCCAGCUCGCCCUGGGAGCCAUGAUGCAAGAAGAAGGGGAGACAACCAAAGAUUUGUCAGAUGCCAUUUUUGUUGUGCCAAGUUCUUUGAAGUUUUUAAAAGAGAGACAAAACCCAGAGCUUUCAAAAUCAUUUCCACAUCAAAGAAAAAAACAAAGUAGGAAACUCUUUAGUAAGACAGGUGCCUCUUACAUGGAACAUUCAGCUGAUUUAUACAAGGAACACCAAGGGGAAGAACAUUGGCAGUCUUCUCUAGAGGCGUUCCGAAGUCAGUUCUUCAUCUCAAAGAAGGAAGAAGAUGUUUCUCAGUCACUGAGUGAGGAUCUGUUAAGAGACCCAAAACAUAGAGACUCCCACAAAGCCCAUCGCCAAGGGCACCCUAUGUUGCAGGAUUAUGGUUCAGAGAAGACGGAUAAGAAACACCAUAAACGUGGUGCUUCUGAGUUUGACACUUUCACGCCUAGUCUUUCAGGUGCAGUGGGUGCAGAAUCUUAUGCCAAAUAUGCAGAUUUUGUUGAUGAUGGUGGGAUCAUGUACCAGGGAUCCCUUGUUCAGGAUGAAGUUGAAUCCUUUCCUGAUAUUCCAGAGGAAAUUCUUGAUGCUGUGAUAGCUCGACACAUAUCUGAACAUGAGUAUGAUGAACACAGUGAAGCACAGGAUAUAAAACGGGUGAUAGAUGCUGAGAAGUUACAUAAUCAGUUAUCAGGUAAAACAGAUUCUUCAGUGAAGUCUAAGACUAGACAGACUUCUGCAAGCAGUGCCCCCAAGACAGGCAAGAAGCUUGAGUAUGGUAGUCCCUUUGCUAAUGUUUCCACUCUCAGGACUAAGUCUUUGAACCAGGAUGUCAAACAUUACAUAGAGGCUUGUUCUGCUGCAGGCAUGCUGGACCAGGCCCAGUCGGCCAUCUUGUAUUACCAGUUCAUGAUGAAGUCCAACCCAACGAACCCAGCCAUGGAGCACAUCCUGGACAUUGACACCUACAACCUGAUGAUCAGCGCUUGGGCAAAACAGGGAAACAUGGCUAAGAUCAAGGACCUGUUCACCUUCAUAAAGAAAGAUGGCCUUGAGCCGACCCUGCAGACAUACAUCGCCUGCCUGGAGUGUCUCCAUCACCAGGAGAAGCUGGACAUGGAUCUGUGUAGAAGUAUUAUUGACGAUCUGGAAAAACAGGGUCUGGAACUGGAGAACAUCCUCAAUGAUUGUCUGCUGAAGAAGGAGGAGCUUGAAGCUGUCAUGCAGGUGAUUCUCCAGGUGAAACAGGGGUUUACACCGCGUCCAGGGCCAGACUUUGAGCCAUACAACGGACCCCUCCUGGAGCCCCUCAACCAACCCAGUGAUCAGGUGGUGGAACACAAUCCCUAUGCUGGAGUUGUGUCCCCUGACAGGUUCUCCCAGCAGAUGAAAGCUCAGUUGGAGCGUGAGCUGAAGGGUACCGUCACAGUCAAGUCCAUCUCCUCCCGGCCCAAAGUUACCAAGAAGAUGAAGGACUAUCGUAAGAAACUGGACGCUGUGAGAAGUCAGUGGCGGGAUAUGUUCAAGAAGAGUCUGGAUAAAAAGGUCCGCUACUUGACACGCAAGUCUAAAGGUACCCAUGGAGUGUCCCCCCUGCCUUAUCUGAAGUUGCUGCCUCCAGACGAAUAUGUCGACUGCGUGUUCGCGGAGAUGGAGAAGAUUGCGUUGUUUUCGGAGUCGUUCAGCCCCAGCAUGGGAAUUCUGUCUAAACAACUAGGCUACAGCAUCUACAACAAGUUCAUCAGGCACCAGAACACCAAGAGCAGGGCUGACGAGAAGAUCGGCCAGUUGUACCAGCAAUACGCACAGCACUACAAUGACAAAGACUUCCCCUUCUCCAACCACAGAGAGUGCUGGCAUCACAUCAUCACCAAGGAGGGCAUGUGGUCAUCAUUGGAUGUUCCAUCAAAACCCUGGCCAGACCACAUCAUGAAGUCAAUUGGGAAGACCCUGUUCGAUGUCAUCCUGUAUGACAUGAAGAUAGAUUCAAAUUUAUUCAGGAACACAUAUGAAAGGAAGAUGGUGCCAGCCUUCUACUCCGUGUACAGAACAUACGGGCACAGAAUGAUUGAAGAACUGAAACCGAAUCCGACCUUAGUGCGUGUCUAUCAAGGAGCUGACCUUGAUGAAAUGACCUUUGACACCAGUGACCUCCCAAUGCUGGUUCCACCGAUCCCCUGGGUGUCUAUGAAUCAUGGGGGAUUUCUGCUGGGAUCAGUACAACUUGUGCGACGUCCUGACCACUUGAACAGACAGUCUGACCGCCUGCAGAAAACCCCGGUCAGCAGGAUCCAGGCCGUGCUGGACUCGCUAAACAAUCUCGGAGCAUGUGCUUGGAUCAUCAACAAACCUAUGCUGGACCUCAUCACUGACAUCUUCAAGAACAAGGGCAACCAGGAGCUUGACAUCCCUCCCCCUGUUUCUGAGUGUCCCCCCAUGCCAAAAGUUACACAAAAUAUGACACCCCAGGAAAAGUCGAAGCAUUACAUGGAGAGAUUGAAGAUUAGACAGCAGAGGAGUGACGCUCAUGGACUGUGGUGUACAGAGUUGUACAAACUGUCUAUAUCCAACCAUUUUCGAGAUGAGAUCUUUUGGUUACCUCACAACAUCGACUUCCGUGGUCGGACGUACCCCUGUCCGCCACACCUGAACCAUCUAGGGAGUGAUGUAGCACGGAGUAUUCUGAUGUUUGCUAAGGGUAAACCGCUGGGUGAUCACGGGUUGGACUGGCUAAAGAUUCACCUCAUCAACCUGACUGGCUUCAAAAAGAGAUCCUCAAACAAAGACCGAUCGUAUGCCAAUGACAUUAUGCCAGAGAUUUUAGACUCAGCGGAUAAUCCGAUGACGGGAAACAAGUGGUGGCAGGGAUCAGACGAGCCCUGGCAGACACUGGCAUGCUGCAAGGAGAUCGCUAACAUCGUCCGUUCACCUGACCCCUCUCAGUACAUCUGCCACUUGCCAGUGCAUCAGGAUGGUUCUUGUAACGGACUGCAGCAUUAUGCUGCAUUGGGGCCGGACCAGUCGGGGGCGGAGUCUGUCAACCUGUGUCCCUUUGAUGAACCCCAAGAUGUGUACAGCGAUGUGGCGGAGCUGGUGGAGCAGGUGAGGCAGCGGGAUGCUGAGGAAGGACAUGAAAUAGCCAAGUUGCUGGAUGGAUUCGUCAGACGAAAGGUCAUCAAGCAGACUGUGAUGACCACAGUGUAUGGUGUCACAAAGUAUGGCGCCAAGUACCAGAUCCAGCGUAAACUGAAAGAUAUCCCAGAAUUCCCCCAGGAGGAAGUGUGGAGAGCCAGCACCUACCUCACUGAAAAGACCUUCCAGUGUCUCAGGGAGAAAUUCACUGCAACAAGAGAGAUUCAGGACUGGCUGACUCUGAGUGCCCAGCUCAUUUCCACGAUUCGCCACAAGCCAGUGGAAUGGAUAACACCCCUCGGUUUGUUGGUUGUGCAGCCCUACCACAAACAGCUGACCUUCAGCAGACUCGGCAUGAACAUCAUCGACUCCUGCAUCAAUGAAAACAAACCAAAUUCUGUGAAACAGAAAAAUGCUUUCCCUCCAAACUUCAUCCACUCACUGGAUUCCUCGCACAUGAUGCUGACAUCCCUGUACUGUUUGAGGGCCGGCAUCACCUACGUGUCUGUACACGACUGCUACUGGACGCAUCCAGCUGACGUAGAAAUCAUGAAUAAAAUAUGCAGAGAGCAGUUUGUGGCCCUGCAUGAACAGCCCAUCCUUGAAGACCUGUGUCAGUAUCUCCGACAGAUGUUCAGCAGGGAUGGUGAUUCAGACACUGAACCUGAAAUCGCUGAGACAUUCCUCAGUUCUGUGUUGGCCGAGGUCCCAUCUCGUGGUACAUUUGAUCUGACCAAUGUGUUGAAGUCAGUCUACUUCUUUAGCUGAGAGUCCAGUGAUCUGCAUGGUGCUGAAUCUUGACUACUGUGACCUCAGCACCUCAGCUGUGAUAUGCAGGGGAAGACAUGUGAUAUGACCAGUUGACAAUGUGCUAUAGAUGAGACUUGAGAUCAUGGUUUCCUGGUUUGUGUUGUCAUGGAAACAACGGAGAGUGGCCUCUGCCUUGGGAAUUAUAAGGGAUGUAUGUUGCAGAUUGGGGUUGAAUGUUCCGAUUCAGUGGAAACUCUGUGUUGUGGAUUAUAUUCUAUUUAGCAAAGUUUGUGCUGUCUGUGAAACACAGCAAUGAGAUUAUAUUUCUAGUCGAAAUUGGAGAAAGAAGGGACAGAUUUCUGUGAUAACAACUUCAAAACCCUUGUGUGAUUCAAAUAGCAUUCUUGUGGAUCCAAUGAUGUAAUGGGAAAUUUUGGAUGACUGCCAUGAAACCUUGUCUUGGAGUUGAUGGAUCAUGGAAGCUGCUAUAUUUCUUCAAUCAAGAUUUGGAGUCUUUGUUUUUGCUACACAUUUCACUGUAGAAUUGUACCAAGGAGACAUGUAAGAAAGCUGUGAUCACUGGUUUGGAUCCUGGUUGAUGGUGAUGAGGCAUCUAGAUGCUCAUGGGUUUCACUGGUCCAAGAAACUUGCAUAAUUUCACAUAUCUGAAAUACAGUUCAAAGUGGCUCUAAACCCAACUCACUCCCUCAGUCACUCGACCCGUGAAAUCCAGGUUAGAAUUGGUCUUCAGCAACCCAUGCUUGUCGUAAGAGAC